CCGCUGUGGCAGAGGAGGAGGAGGAGGAGGCCGAGGGGUUUUGGCGUUUAGUCGGUUUGCAUUUCGUGCUUCAGGACAUUCUGCUGCUCGUCUGCUCUUCCGCCGUCGUCGUCGUCGUCGUGGUGUUUCAUGUCGUUGAGGUGUUUGAUCGUUCGUCCGCCUCGCCUGUUCGUCGUCGUCGUCAUCGUCGCAGGUCGCAAUCGAUCGUCGAGGAGGGGAGGAUCGAGGGCGUGAAGGAGGGAUUUACGGGGCCGUUUCGCUGUUUCGGGCUUAGGGCGCUGGUGUGAGCGAUGGCUGGCAUCCGCGAUCCGCUGUGCGAAGACCCUCCUCCGUCGCGAUUCGAUCCGGAUGAGCUUGACUUCCUUGCUCCGAUUCCCGAUGCUGCUCGUACGCCACCUCGUGUCGAGUGGGAACCGUUAGCUGAAGCGCACUUGAAGUCUGGCAAACUUCAUCCCGAGUUUCUUAUCGUGGCUCUGUCUACAGUUGCAACCAACAUUAUACAUCAUCUUCCUGACAAGAACCUGCUCGGUAAAAUUCUUCUGCCGGGAAACUCUUCGGUGAAGAAAGAGGGCGAACGAAGUAUUCUGGAUAAAACUGCUUGCAUUUACACUUGCAAAUCCUGCACAUCGGUAGUAAUCGUUUCUGUCCAGUACCACGUUCCAGAAGAGGGAGCAAAUAUGUGGACCAAGACUCUUUUCCAAAACAUUCAGCCCGAGAGAGUGCUCAUAGUUGCUCUUACACCCAUUCAUCACUUCAGAGGAAAACUGUCUAGCGAUGACCCGUCGUUCUUUCUAUUAGAAACAGACCAACAAAAGCGGGAGGAGAAGGCAGAUUUAAUAUAUUCAAAGAGGGAGGAAGCAGAGGAAACUAAGCUUGUAGCUCCUUAUUAUCCCUCCGGAAGCUUGGUGGAUGGUCUACCUGCAGCCCUUCUUACUCACUGUCAACUUCGUGGUUUGAGAGGACGUUUACUCGUUACUUGGCCAGCCGAGGACAGUCGCAUGGCGCAAAUGCUGGCUGCGACACUUACCAACGUGUUGAGGCUUAUCCCACAAGGUUCAAACUUUAAGUUCUUAGAAGCAGUUAAGAUUUUGAUUGGCAAGAAGCAUCUAGCCGCCAACAAUCUUUACAUGUGAGUAGCGAAAUAAUCCAAUGUCAUCUCGUCGUGGAUGAAGUUGAUGUUACUGAACUUGUCAGGUUCUUCUUCAGCUGAAGCUCAUGCCAGCACUUCACCAUUAUCCUAGAACAUGGAGGCGUAGUUGUUGGCGGCUUCAAAGAGAGUACUUUGAUUUUUAAAACUGGAUGUGCUGAUCUUUCGCACCCCAAAAUUUCAAGUUAACGAAUGGAUUAGUUGCUCCCUGUUCUCGCUAUGCGAGUAUACCUUGAUAGACGCGUUAGAGAUAUUCAGUCUUAUAUAGUAGUGAGAAGGUCAAUCCUCGACUUAGAAGGGCUUAAAGAUCGUAGCAGGUGUUAAGGUCCACCAAGUCUGAGGGGAACGAAGAUAGAUGUUUUGGUUAAAUGAAACUAAAACUCUAGAAGAUUUUGUACUAUACUAUUUUGGAAUUGACCAGCACGUUACGGCAAGGCAGUCAUGACGAAGGCCUUGAGAUCAUCCGAGUGAAAAUUUUUGGUUAUUCAUGGAUAUUUUUCUGAUGCAGUCUACAGACUGUAGAAGGGUUUUGAAAAACAGUCCUAC